AGAGGAUGGAGCAGUGAUGUAGAGGAACUCUCUGUGUACAGAUACCCGAAUGUACCAACACGUUAUCUGUUUCUCUUAUAUCGUCGUCGGAGCUCGAGUGAAGGCUGAAACCUGAGCAGGAUGGGGAACGGAUCGAUGAAAUCAAAGCGUUACAAACACACAGACGGACACGGCUGCGGGUUCAAACACCCGUCUGUGGACUCCCUGAGGGCCCGCGUGGACGAGCUGGAGCGCGAGGGGAAGCGGAGGGAAGAGCUGCUGUGUGGCAAAGAGCAGCAGAUCAAAGGUCUGCAGGAGCAGCUGGCCAAUCAGACGCAAGCGCUGGCCGAGCUGAGCGAGGAGCUGCAGAAUAAAUGUAUCCAGCUCAACAAGCUGCAGGACGUCAUGAAGAACCAGAGUGGAGCGGCGGCACUCGUGUCCAGACCGCCUUCAGUGAAAACCUGCGGGAAGAACAGCCCCAACCUCAGCGUCCGCAUCAAGGAAACACUCAACAGAAGGAAAGGGGCCAAAGCCGGGGUGUCGGCCGAGCCCACGUCCAGGACGUACGACUCCAGCAGCCUGCCCAAGUUCUCCUUCGAGAAGGCUCGAAUACCCAAGGAUGCAAGUGUGAAGAAGCUGCUGGCAGACGCUCUCAAUAAGAACCAGUACCUGAGACGUCUGGAGCUGCAGCAGGUCAAAGACAUGGUGGAGUGCAUGUACGAGCGCACCUACCAGCAGGGGGAGUACGUCAUCCAGCAGGGCGAGCCGGGGAACCACCUGUUUGUCCUCGCAGACGGGAAGCUGGACGUGUUUCAACACAACAAACUGCUCACGUCGAUAACAGUGUGGACCACGUUUGGAGAGUUAGCCAUCCUGUACAACUGCACGAGGACCGCCUCUGUUAGAGCGGUGAACAAAGUGAGGACGUGGGCUCUGGACCGCGAGGUGUUUCAGAACAUCAUGAGGAGGACGGCCGAGACGCGACACGAGCAGUACCGCAACUUCCUGCGAAGUGUUUCUCUGCUGGCUAAUCUACCAGAGGACAAGCUCAGCAAAAUCGUGGACUGCCUGGAGGUGGAAUACUAUGACAAAGGAGAGUACGUCAUCCGGGAGGGAGAGGAGGGCAGCACCUUCUACAUCAUCGCACAGGGGAAGGUGAAGGUCACUCAGACCACCGAGGACCACAAGCUGCCUCAGAUCAUCAACACGCUGCACAAAGGAGACUACUUUGGAGAGAAAGCUCUGAUCAGUGACGACGUGCGGUCGGCGAAUAUCAUCGCUGAGGAGAACGGCGUGGAGUGUCUCGUCAUCGACAGAGAGACUUUUGAUCAAACAGUGGGAACGUUCAACGAGCUGCAGAAAUACCUGCAGGGUUACGUGGCCACGCUCGACCGAGACGACAAGAAGAGACACGCCAGGAAGUCGGUGUCCCGUCACCAGAGUCAGCCGCUGCCUCCUGACGUCAUCCAGCUGAAGGAGCUGGUCUCCGUGUUUCCUCCAUCACGACCAUUCGACCACCUGGAGGCGAUCGCCACGCUCGGGGUCGGAGGCUUCGGACGAGUGGAACUGGUGAAGGUGCAGGGUAAGGACAUCACGUUCGCUCUGAAGGUCAUAAAGAAGAAACACGUUGUGGACAACAGACAAGAACACAUCCACUCUGAGAGGAGGAUCCUCGCUGAGGCUCGCUCACCUUUCGUAGUCAAACUGUACCGCACGUUUAAGGAUAAUAAAUAUGUGUACAUGCUGCUGGAGGCCUGUCUGGGUGGAGAGGUGUGGAGUCUGCUCAGAGACAGGGGAAGUUUUGACGAACAGACGGCUAAAUUCUGCGUGGGUUGUGUCACGGAAGCCUUCGAUUACCUCCAUCGAAAAGGUGUCCUCUACCGAGACCUGAAGCCCGAGAAUCUGAUGCUGGACACCGAAGGAUACAUCAAACUGGUGGACUUUGGUUUCGCCAAGAAGAUCCGCUGUGGGCAGAAGACGUGGACGUUCUGCGGGACGCCGGAGUACGUGGCUCCUGAGAUCAUCCUCAACAAAGGACACAACUUCAGCGUGGACUUCUGGUCUCUGGGCAUCCUGGUGUUUGAGCUGCUCACAGGCAGUCCUCCGUUCUCAGGCAGCGACCAGAUGAUGACGUACACGUUCAUCCUGAAAGGCAUCGAGAAGAUGGACUUCCCCAAAAAGGUCACCAAGAGACCCGAGGACCUCAUACGCAAACUGUGCAGGAGAAACCCCGCGGAGCGUCUUGGCAACCUGAAGAACGGAAUAACAGAUAUCAAGAAGCACAGGUGGUUUAAUGGUUUUAACUGGGAGGGUCUGAAGGUCAGGACUCUUCUAUCUCCACUGAAGAGAGAACUCAGCGGACCCACAGAUCACAGUUACUUCGACAGCUACCCCCCAGAUGAGACUCCCCCUGACGAGCUGUCUGGUUGGGACAUGGACUUCUGAGACCUCCUGCUCUGUUCCUCCUUCGUUUUCCUUCCAUUGCACAACAAAAUCAAACAAAAACUCAAAGUGCAUAGCGGGUUUUUGGACUUUCCUCCAGCUCUAGGCGGAAGCAGCUGCAAAAAGACAAAAACUUUGAGGAGCUGCUUGAAGAUUCUCCUUUAAGUCGGACUGUGGAGGUGAAAAGGUCAUUUUGGUAAAGUUGUCAGAUUGGGAACAAAAGAACAACGUGCUUAUAGUGGUAGAGUUGUGUUGAUAUGAAACGUUAUGGCCUAACAACACGCAAUGUGACUGAGCGGCAGCAACAAAAUCUUUGAUUCAGCUUUGAUAUUUGACUCAGUUGUUGCACAGGCCUCCACAAAUAAACCAAAGUACGACUAACAGUGAACAAGCUAACAGUCCAAGUUUGGUUCUUACAGACUCAGCUAGCUGCUAUCUGUUGCUAACUUUCAAAUAACAUGUGGUUGUAAAAAGCGGAGCUCAGACUUGUUGGACGGUCUUUUAGUCCAAUAAAGCUCACAGAGAGAGACAGAUAGUCUGAUAUUUACAUGAACAAAUCUCCAAAAGGC